GUGACGAAGCCCACAACGCCAUGGCCAGGAAUCUCAUUUGACGCAGCUCUCACCGCUCGACCCCCACGACAACAGUGUACUUACUCAUCGUGCCCAUACAUUCUGUCUUAGAUCCGCCUUCUAUUUCGCUCGCACUUGGUACAGAAUCUUAUCUAGAGCGUUCGGUAGCUUUUUUAGGAGUGUUUAUGAGUUCUGGGUGGCUAAAUUACUCUGGAGAUCCGUGUUGUGAGAUUUGAGGUUGUAUUGAAGGAAGUCAUGCUAGUGUAAGCGUUGGAAGUGGAAUCUGAGACGUUGCAGGAUUAUUUUUCUUGCGGGGCGAAGGUUUUUCUUUUUAUAAAAAUAACAUUUGGUUGUGAGAUCGAUUUUGUUAGGUUGGGCUUUUGAACCUAGGGUUUGAGGAUUUCUAUCGGACAUGGCGCCUAUGACACAGCCUCCGGUAAUCCCUGUUAGUCAUCAAGGGAGCUCAGCCGUAGGGGGGACGUCGUCGCAGGCCACGAUUUGGGUGCUUGCAGGGAAAGCUCAGGAUGCGUUCAACCUUGCACUCGCACAGAAGCGGCCCUGGGCUGAGCUGGUCGACCGGACGCAAUUAGCAAAGCCGGAGUCGUUUAGUGAAGCUAUUACGCGGACUCGCAAAAAUUGGUACUACUUCCGCAUUAACUACUCGCUUGUGCUGGCUGGAGUCGUGGCCUUGAGCUUGAUCUUCAACCCCGGGGCGCUUUUCUUCCUUUUGGCUCUCUUUGCUGCAUGGGUGUAUCUCUACCUCAUACGCUCUGAGCCUAUUGUCAUCUACGGCCGCACUUUCAGUGAAAGGGAGGUUCUCCUAGGCAUGAGCCUGUUUACCAUUAUCAUGAUCUUCAUGACUAGUGUUGGAUCUAUUCUGAUCACUGCUCUGCUGAUUGGUGGGGCUAUCUGCUCUGCCCACGGUGCUUACCGCGUACCUGAUGACCUUUUCCUCGACGAGCAAGAGACAACUGGAGGCUUUUUGUCUUUCCUUACAUCAGGAAAUGGAGUUCCGCAAGUGAUGUCACAUGUGUAGAUGCCUACACUUCCUGACUCAAUGUAUCAAUAUUUUUUCUGGCCAAAUGAAGUUUGUCCUUUCUUUCUUUCUUUUAAGUCGUCUGAAGCAUUCGUAGUUACGGUUUUGUACUACGAUUUUAGGUUUUCCUUACAAAAAUCUGUUGGUGUUUAGACACCGCUAUAAUCGUUCAUCUUAGCACUCGGGAUUGGCUCAACUUGCUUAGGUCAGGAUAGCUAUAUGGCCAUCGGCUUAAUGUCAGGCACUGCUUUGAUAACUUGAGAGAGGAGAGAGCGCACACACUUGGAUUUAAAUUUACAUCACAAAGAAUGUAUUGUAUAUUUACUGAGUUGGAGAAUCUGUCUCUUUUUCCAUCA